AUGACACGACAUCGAUGGCGACCAUGGAACUUGAUUGUCGGAUCCAUGCUUGCUCUGCAGGCCCAUAGCGCUCCCUCUGUGAAUGUGGGCAUGAAUGCAGCUUUUCCUGCUGGCCCUUACUUGCUCGAGCUCUUCACUGGCAGAGAGACCGCGGCAGCAGAAAACUCAUCGGCCUAUUUUCCGCUCUUGGAUCGAAUUGCUACUGGAUGCUUCGCCUCCACUUCAACAGACGCUGCUUUGCACAACAAGCAUCUUUCAUUUGAUCGAGUAACUGGUACGGGCAGGGAGGCCAUCCUCUAUGCUGAUAUAACUUCGGAAGGUUUUGGAGACUUCCACAAAGCUCUUUCAAAUGCUGCAGCAGAAGGCUCUCUGAGCUAUCGAAUUCGAUAUCACCGCACUCAGACAACGCCUUACGCAGCUCUUCCCAUGAGUGGGUAUGGUGUUGAGUUGGCUUUAAAGAGGACGGACUAUAUCGUCAUCGAUGAUCGACUACAAAACGAAGAGCCUCGUCAUGAGAAUACUGGUACCGGCGCCGGUCUCGAUGGCAGUGAAGAUGUGGCUGAUAUCAAACCUUUGACAGCAUCAGAUCUGUCAUCGCUUGGAUUGAAGGCAACAUCCUUCAUAUUGCAAAGCGAUGACCCAUUGGAGACACUAAUAAAGUUGACUCAGGAUCUACCCAAGUUUCUGACUACAAUUGUUGCCCACAAUGUUUCUACGCAAUUCGAAAAAGAACUUAAGCUUAACAGCUUGCAAGGAGUGCCAGAUGGGUUGAAUAUGCUAUGGUUAAAUGGCGUUCAAUUGAUUGAGCGUCAGAUUGAGCCAUUCGCUCUUAUUGAGAGACUACGUCAAGAACGAAAACUAAUCGAUGGCUUUCGUGCUCUUGGGUUGAACGGAAAGCAAGCGGUAUCUAUUCUUGGCCAUCAAGAUGUCUCUGCUGCGAAGGAAGGCAGUGAGGCAUUGAGAUAUGAUUGGACUGAUCGGCUUGAAGAUGGGCGGGUUAUCAUAUGGUUAAACAACAUCGAAAGUGACGACAUUUAUGAAGAGUACCCAAAGAGCUUAAAAUCACUGCUACAACCGUCAUAUCCUGGACAGCUGCCACCCAUUGGAAAGAACAUCUUUACUCUCAUUGCACCUGUCGAUUUCUCAAAUCUGGAAGAUGUUUCAUACAUCAUGCAAUUAAUUUCCUUUAUUUCUCGGGGUAUCUCAAUCAGAUUUGGCCUGGUUCCUUUGAUAUCGACUCCUGAGGCGAUUGUUAAGGCCAAAAUAGCCUACCACAUAUUCGAGAACUAUGGUGUCAAAGGCCUUUUUGCAUAUCUGGGGCAGCUCGAAGACGCCCCUCAGUUGGUCAACGAAGAACUCUUCUCAAGAAUAACCGGGGACCACGCACUCCUUGUGGAUUCGGACCAGAUGAGUCUUGCUGAAGUGCUAGAGGCAGACACCUAUGAACAACAGCUCGGACUUGCUCAGCAAUGGAUCAAGCGACUAAAGGUGGACACGCCGACUCGACAAGUGUUCUUCAAUGGUCUUCCAAUUCUUCGCGAUGAGAAUUGGAUCCAGGAGCUGGGAAUGCAAAUCGGCGAAGAUCUUCGAGUAGUCCAAAAGGCAGUUUUUCUCGGAAUGAUUACCGAUGACGACUGGGCCCCGGGAAUUUUCCUCAGCAAGGCAAUUUCCAGGAGAAAUGACUAUAUAACACCAGACGAUGAAGGAAAAAGUCUCACUGUGCUUAACGUAAACAAAAUUUACAUUGAGCAUGCAGAUCUGUUCAGCAACGUCCCCGUCAUCGACUUCGUUGCCGAGUCCCCAAAGGAAGAUUGGUCGGCAGUAAGUGUCAUUGCCGAUCUGACGACCACGAGUGGCAAAGGUCUAGUUUUGUCCGGUCUGGAGUUCAAACGCCGCAGCCCAGGUGCCAGAAUAGAGAUUAUUCACAAUCCUGUAUCAUCUGAUGGUGCUGCCUCGAUAAAUGCUGCACUUCUGGCGAACCAAGGACUACUGAGCGAUAUUCAGGACAUCAGCAAGCUUACCGAUCUUAUCCAAACACCAUCUAAAGAUGAAAGCAGAGACAGUUAUUUUGGGGCUUUAGAGCGAUUCUUGACAGCUUCCAAAGUGCCUUUGGGAGCCCAGAUGAUAAUGUUGAACGGCAGAAUGAUUGGACCUAUCUCAGAAGACUCCGAAUUCAACGCCGAUGACUUUCAGCAAUUUUUGGAAGUUGAACAGGCGAGGCGCAUACUCCCAGUUUACAAAGCAGUUGAAGAACUUGGCUUGGGCGACAAACUCUCUACUCCCCUAGACGCAGCUAAAAUAACGUCAAUCGCCGCCCUAUCUACAAUUUCUGACUUUCCUGAAGGAAUUUUUGAAUCAGCAACGUCUGCGCGAACAAGCCUUUAUGACCAAUGGCCCGCAACGCAUACAAUUGAAAAGGGCGACCCGGAAACUGCGAGUGUCCAUAUAGUUGGACUCAUUAACCCAGUUAGUGAGCAAGGUCAAAGAUGGGCUCCUAUUUUGAAGGUCUUGUCUGAGCUGCAUGGAGUUCACUUGAAGCUUUUCAUCAACCCUCCGGAAAAAAUUGAGGAGCUUCCUGUCAAGCGCUUCUUCCGGUAUGUGCUGAAGUCGCAACCGACCUUCAAUGAUAAGGGCGAGGUAGCAGGUCUGCAGGCUACCUUUAAUGGUCUGCCCUCCGAGGCUUUGUUGACAACUGCUGUUGAUGUUCCGCCUGCAUGGCUUGUAGCACCUCUAUUGUCGAUUCACGAUCUUGACAACAUAAAACUAAGCGCAGUCAAGACCGACAUCCAUGCUACAUAUGAGUUGAAGCACAUUCUUAUUGAGGGGCAUUCUAGAGAGGGCAGAGGAGCAGCGCCACGAGGAGCCCAGUUGGUUCUCGCUACCAAGAAAGAUCCUCUUAUCACGGAUACCAUAGUCAUGGCGAACAUUGGCUUUUUCCAGUUCAAGGCAAAUCCCGGAGUCUACUCUAUCCAAUUGAAGGAAGGCCGCAGUACUGAGAUAUAUGAAAUUGAGAGCAUUGGCGCUCAAGGAUGGAACCCUGUCCCUGGCGAUAACGGUACUGAGCUCGCAUUGAUUGAUUUCCAAGGCGUGACAUUGUACCCACGUCUCCAAAGGCGAAAGGGCAUGGAAACAGAGGACAUCCUCCAGGAAAAGGAUGUUCAGGACAACAAUAUCAUCUCCAAGGGUAUCAAGUUGGCGGAAGGGCUCUUUGGCGGAAAAUCCAAGAAGAAAUCGCCAUCUGAACAAGAACACGCCGAGAUUAACAUCUUCUCCGUCGCCAGCGGCCACCUGUACGAGCGCAUGUUGAACAUCAUGAUAAUCUCGGUUAUGCGCCAUACAAACCACACCGUCAAAUUUUGGUUCAUUGAGCAAUUCCUUUCCCCUUCUUUCAAGGAAUUCAUACCUCACAUGGCAGAGCAGUACCACUUCAAAUAUGAAAUGAUUUCGUACAAGUGGCCUCAUUGGCUACGCCAGCAGAAGGAGAAGCAGCGAGAAAUCUGGGGCUACAAGAUUCUAUUUUUAGACGUCCUCUUCCCCCUGUCUUUGGACAAGGUCAUAUUCGUCGAUGCCGAUCAAGUCGUCCGCACGGACAUGAUCAGCCUGAUGAAUCUCGAUCUGGAAGGCGCCCCGUAUGGAUUCACACCCAUGUGUGAUUCCCGCGUUGAAAUGGAAGGAUUCCGAUUCUGGAAACAGGGAUACUGGGCAAACUAUCUUCGUGGCCGUCCCUACCAUAUUUCCGCCCUUUACGUUGUCGACUUGCGACGCUUCCGAGAGCUAGCCGCCGGCGACCGUCUUCGACAACAGUACCACACUCUUUCUGCGGAUCCAAACAGUCUGGCCAAUCUGGAUCAAGACUUGCCAAACCAUAUGCAGUUCAAUAUCCCCAUCCAUAGCUUGCCUCAAGAGUGGCUUUGGUGCGAAACGUGGUGUAGUGACGAAAGCCUCAGCGAAGCUCGCACCAUUGAUUUAUGCAAUAACCCGCUCACGAAGGAGCCCAAGCUUGAUCGAGCAAGAAGGCAGAUUCCCGAGUGGGUUACGUAUGACGAAGAAAUUGCAGCAUUGCACCAGAUCCUCAAAGUGGAGGAGAGGCUUUCUAACGACGAUGAGGAGACAGCUGAAGCGGGGACAGAGGACAAAAACACUAAAAGUCGGAGACUAGAAAGCGAUGAGACACACACCAAGGACGAGCUAUAA